AUGGGAAAUGAGGCUCCGAAAGAACAAGGCUCUGACUUAAGAAAUACUUUCCCUCUGUUGCUAAGUGUGCUCAUGAAAACCAGAGUUUGCUGUGUCCGAUGGCAGUAUCUUGGAGCAGGACGCAAGCCUAGGAGGAUGGGCAGGAAGCAGUCCCUCAGCCUGCGGAGCCUGAAGAACAGGGUAUCAGUGAGGUUACUACCUUCCGAGAAUCAUGAGGGAUUGCAGACAUCACAGCUGCAACUAAAGAAUAAGGUGCAUGUAGGGUUUUUGCAUGAGUCUAUAUCAUAGUGUUGGGUGUUCGGCAGCGGGACCAAAUUGACUGUCCUAGGUCAGCCCAAGGCUACACCCUCAGUCACUGUGUUCCCGCCUUCCCCUGAGGAGCUCAGGACCAACAAGGCCACACUGGUGUGUAUGAUGACGGACUUCUACCCAGGUGUUGUGUCAGUGACCUGGAAGGCAGACGGCACUCCUAUCACCGCAGGUGUGGAGACUAGCCAGCCUUCCCGACAGAACAACAACAAGUAUGUGGCUACCAGCUACCUGUCCUUGACAAAAGAAAUGUGGGAAUCUAAAAGCACUAUCAGCUGCCAGGUCACUCAUGAAGGGAACACUGUGGAGAAGAGGCUGUCCCCUGCUGAGUGUUCCUAGGUCUUCUGACCUUCAUGUUACCCACCGAGCAUGAGAUCAGAAUCAUGCCCAAGAAUACCCUUACUGCUAUUGCCUAUCACAGCCGUUUUCCCUGCUCUCAAAAUGCACAAUAAAAUAUCUAUUAUCAACCUGUAA